CUACUAUGCAUUCAUACGUACAUACACACAUACACACGCACUCAUACAUAAAUACAUAAACACAUACAUACAUAUGUAUGAUGAGCUUCCAUUAGUUUCCAUCUACUACAUCCACGUCCCAAAUUCGAUCUCAUUGUGUGGCAUCUUGGACAAACUUGAACAAACAUCAUUUUCUUACAGCCUUGUGAGUGAAUUUUGGGCUGAAGGUAACAGUACAGAAUCCUGUCUGGUGGUGGAUUGUAUCUCGAAUUCAAAAUGUACAACCCAGUCAUACUGUCUUGCUGAUUCUGGCUGAGAAUUACAUUAAGAAUACAUGUGUCUGUGGAAUACUCAGUCACCAAGAAUUAAUUCAAAAUAAUGUGAAUCAAUAAGCAUUACUUUUGAUAAUAAUUUGAAUGCUAAAGAGUUAAAGCAUGAAGUUUGCCUCAUAAGAAUCAUAGAAUGAAACACACCCUCAGACAGAUCGCUACCAAAAAGCUUUCAUGGUUAUGUCCAGAAGAAACUAUAAUUCUUUUGUCUGCAUCGAGUCUGGUGAAAGCUGUUACAAAUUUCAAUCAGAUUUCAAAGACUCUAGAAGUCUUUGAUGUGGAAGAAAAAUCUUUUGCUGAAAUCGAAACGGUCAAUAAGAACAUUGUGAUAUUACACAAAGAAGUCGUAUCUUUGGAUUCAGUGGAACAGAACAUUAAAACCGCUGAUGGAAGUGAGAUUUCAUAUGAGAAACUGUGUAUUUGUACAGGUGGUAAACCAAAGGUAAUUGUAGACAGUCCUUAUGUUCUUGGAAUCAGAGAUACUGAAAGUGUUCAAACUUUUCAAGAAAAACUUUCUUCAGCUAGGAGGGUCAUAAUUAUUGGAAAUGGUGGAAUAGCUACAGAAAUGGUAUAUGAGAUUGAAGGGUGUUCAGUGAUUUGGGCAAUCAAAGACAAAUCAAUCAGCAGCACUUUUGUGGAUGCUGGCGCAGGAGAAUUCUUCUUGAAGAAACUAAACAAGAAAAAAGAACAAAAGAAACCAAUUUUAAAGAGAAUGAAAUACAACAUCAGUGCUGCAGACAAAGCUUCAAAGUCUGUUUUGGGUGGAGCCUUAGGACCAGACUGGUCAAGCAAUUUAGUCAUGUCAGGAGUCCAAGCAAUCUCCCACAAUGUCCAUGUAGAAUUUCAAGUGGAAGUGGAAAAAAUUUUAUCUUCUGAUGAAUUCAAAGAAUCUGGAAAACAAGAGACUUGCUCUUCUUUUGAAGAUAAAGACAAUGUGACAACAACUGAUUGGCCAAUCUAUGCGCUUCUAACAAAUGGUAAAGUCUAUGGCUGUGAUUUUGUAGUGAGUGCUACAGGUGUGGUGCCAAACACAGAACUUCUUCUUCAGGGAAAUUCUUUUGACCGUAGUGAAGAUGGUGGAAUUAAAGUCAAUUCAAAGAUGCUGACUUCAGUACCAAAUGUUUUUGCUGCUGGAGAUGUCUGUACUCCUUCUUGGAAACUUGCUGAACAUUGGUUCCAGAUGCGUCUUUGGACUCAAGCAAGGCAGAUGGGGGCUUAUGCUGCUAAAUGCAUGGUUGCCAGUGAAAACCAGGAAGAUAUAGAAAUGGAUUUUUGUUUUGAGUUGUUCUCACACGUCACUAAAUUUUUCAAUUCCAAGGUUAUCCUGCUUGGCAAAUUCAAUGCCCAAGGACUUGGUAACAAUUAUGAACUUCUUCUAAGAGUAACAGAAGAUGAGGAAUAUCUGAAAGUUGUGUUAAGUGACAACAGAAUGCAAGGAGCAGUCCUCAUUGGAGAGACCGAUAUGGAGGAAACGUUUGAAAAUCUCAUUCUUAACCAAAUGGAUCUCACCUGUUUUAAGGAAAAUCUUUUAGAACCUGGAAUUGACGUGGAUGACUUUUUUGAUUAAAGCUUUAUUAUUUUUAUUAUUAUUA